UUUCUUCCCCCCGACAGCAACACAAUGAGGCACCUUCAGCUUGUGAUUGUUGUGCUGGUGGGCCUGGCAAAUGCCCUGCCCCGCCUCGUCAAGAGAGAUUCCUCUUCCUUUGCCUAUGAAUUACCUUCCAACGCCUCCGCCAUUGUCGGUCCCAUCGUCACAGGUUUCGACUGCUCUAAUCGAAGUUACGGCUACUACGCUGACCCAGCCAACGGGUGUGCCAUCUUCCAUGUCUGUUACCCGUAUGUAGACCCGGAGGGAAACUUCAACAUGCGAAUGUUCUCUCUCUUGUGUGGAGAGGGAACCAUCUUCGAUCAGUCGACGCUGACGUGCAACUUCCCGGAGUACGCCUUGCCCUGUGACGCUGCCGCCAGCCUCUAUAACAUCAACGAUUACUUCGGCCGCGACGACCGCCAGUUCCGGGAUGGACUCAACGGCAUCUUCUAGACGCUCACUGAACCUCGACUCAACUGUCGUCUCAACUAUACUUCACUCACCCAACCUAGAGAAUUCCUCGGGCAUCUUUCUUUCUAGAAAGAUGACACCUGUUGGAUGGUCGACCUCUCAGGCUGGAGUCUUCUGUUUACUGCUUGUAUAGUCGAACUCCUCAACCAAUUUGUUAACCAUUUAUUUGGCAGUUCGCACCAUACAUACUUCUUAUAUUUAGCAGUACUGUAUCAUUACAGCACUCUGAUGCUAACCAAUGCUUCUAAGUAUAUCUAGCAAUUCAAUAUUUUUCCUUUAUACCAGUAACUUUUGUGUUACUCAGACACUAACACAACCGUGUGUGUAAUUUCGGUGUUGGUAGCGGCAUGUCCGGGAAGACGACGGAGCUUCGAGGCGUAAGUGUGGAAAUAACAAAGCCAAUUUGUCCUUCGAGUAUUUCACGUUUUCAUAUCAUGCAUAAAUGUAAAUAAAAGACUCGGAGUUUGUUUAAGAG